CUACAUCGAUACCCAGACGUUGACUCUCCCUAGCUACUCCAAACUUUUAAAUGGAUUCCCGCCACGUUCAAGACGACGCUCGUCGAGAGCACAGCGCCGACGACCACCGUCCUGAGUGGUAUGACGAGCGCAGAUCAUCGAUAUCGACGACGACCUCUCUGGCGACCCAAUGCACCUCCUCCACCGUUACAGUUACCGAGAAGAGCACUCAGCCCAAAUCCACCAACUAUGUCUCCAUCAACCGUGCAGCCUCUGCAACCGGUUUUCUAGGGAGUCUGCUCGAAGGCGCGCCUCAGAUCGUGGAGACCUUCCAUAUUGACCCCCACCUCAAAGUCCCAGAUAGUAUCCUCCAAGCUCGACUUGGUACUACUCAAUCAUCUACAAGGUCCGGGACAUUGCCUACACCAACUACGAGGAGUAAUGCCAGUCUGCGGGUCGUGGACGGCCGAAUCGACGUUACAAUUUAUCUCGUUGCGGAUGAUGACCCGCUCUCUUCUGCCAGAGGUACCCGUGGUUCUGGGAUGGGCGCGACGUUGUCAAAAGGUUCUCAACCUGCUUAUACGUUUGGUGAAGGAGGGAUGCCUGCAACAGGGCCCCACCCGGUUUCAGGAAGGAAGAUGAUUACCAGCCCUGCUUUUCAACUGUCGAAUACGAGCGGGCGGACGACGCUUGAUGUAGAGCUCAUCUCCACUGUGAAUGGGUGGUUACCAGCCGAGACGGGGAUUGUCCGCAUUGUCGCCCCUCGUCCCCGACCCCCGUUCAUUCUCAAAGCUUGUUGCCAAUCUCGAUCCCAACUCCCCUCUGCAACAACCCAACCACAAAUAAGGAUCAACCCAAGUCCCUUCGCAGCAUGCGCACCAUCCCGCCAACCUUUAACCGUCCGCCUUCCCCGCUCCUUCCGGGGCCUCCUCACUCUGCGCAUUGGAUCGGGGGAUAUCAGCAGGCGUGUGUGGCUCUCCAAGGCCGUAGAGGGUCUUAUAACGUUCAGAGAUGAGGCGCCGUUGAGUUUGGCGUGCUUCAUUGGCGAGUUGGACGGUGUGGAGUCUCUUACGGUUCAACAUGGUGGAGAAUGGAUGGGGGAUCAGGCGGAUCUUAGGGUUGAGGAGGGGCGGUUGAGGGUGGUGUUUGACGAUGAGGAGUAG